UCUUGUCAGCCCUCAGCCUAGCUAGGCGCUAGGGCGGUCCCGUAGCCGAGAGAGCCCGCACCGAUGAGUUCGAGUGCUUUGCCGCGCCGGGGCUAACCCACUCCGGAGUUUGGCUCAUCCCGGCUGUCGGACGGUUUGAUAUGGGCGGCCGCGACUUCACCUGCGCCCUCGACGCAUUUGGGAAAUGGCACAAGUUCGAGCUCGACUCGGACAGAGGCGCCAUCUGCUUCACGGCCGAGUUCAUGCAGACGGGCUUCUUCAACGAGUCGACCAAGGCCGGCACCGUCGGCGCCGGCAUGCUGUUUUCCGAGACAGUCCCUCCGCGCCCGCUGGCGGUGCGCCUUCGGGCGAUGACGGCCCCCAACGACAACGCGUUUGUCAACACCAUCUCGGUGGGCGGGCAGCACGUCGCUCUGACAGACAGCCCGGACAGGCUCGCCUUCUCGCUCAGCUCGCUGGCGGUGCGAGGCAAGCUCCGCUUUGACUCCUCGGCUCGCUACCCGCGCCGCGCCCUUUACCUGGAGACCCUCGGGUCGGCGCACCCUGUCCCGCGGCCCGGCUCGCAGACGCCGCUCGGGCUGUCGAUUGCCGUGCGCACGCCCUUCAUGGACCAGUCCGAGGUGAGCGUGUACGCGUGGAGUGGCCCCACCACCAGAGAGCUGCUGGCACGGCUGCCGGUCAAGGACCGGGUGCCGUACCUGCACUCGUUUGGGGUGCUGCGCCGGGCGGUGCUGCUACCUCUGCAGCCGCUCAGCGUCGACAUGCGGCCCGCCCUCUUCGGCACACCGCUGCAGGGCCUGAUGCGCGAGCUCUCCGUCAACACCACCUUCGUCGUGCUGCCGCUCGCCGGCGGUGGCACCACCCUCCGCACCUUUAACGCAGGCGGGCGCUACUUCUUCACGCACGUCAUCAACACGUACGAGGAGGGCGAGGGCGACGCCGCCACCCUGGUGUUCGACGCGUGUGUCUCGCACCUCAACCCGUUCCACUCGACCGCCAUCGCCAUCGCCGCGCAGCGCAACAAGACGCGGCGCGACGCCGGCGGCGCCAUGAUGCACGCGCGCCGCUUCGUGAUCCGCAUCGCAGGCCCUCGGCGCGGCGAGGUGGUGUCGUCCCUCCUUUCGCGCGCCGGCCGCGAGGCCGACUUCCCGCAGAUCGACAGCCGCUACCGAGGACGCAAGCACUGCAUCUACUGGGCCGUCCUCUGGCGUGCCGAUGGCGUCGCUUACGGCGCAAUGGCGAUCGAUCGCACAGACGUUUGCCGCGGCGAGCCCUUCCCGUCCGAGCCGACCUUCCUCGCCUCGGGUGAAGAGGAGGGGCAGGGCGCGCUGCUCGUGACGGUGCUCAACGGAACUAGCGGCCGCUCGUCCUUCCUCACGCUGGAUGCUACCACGAUGCAGCCGACCCUCGAGGUACCGCUGCCGGUGCGGAUACCCUUCACCACGCAUGGGCAGUGGUACCCGCCCGGUGGCUAG